AUGGCAGAAGCAGUGGGAGAAAGCUCUAGUGGAGGGGAUGGGCAGGUUGGCGCUGGGGACCCAGACUGGGGCAGUUUGUUUCAUCAUGUGUUAGAUGGAGUGAAGGCUGCAAUGACAGAGCAUGAGGAGCUUGUAUUCCUCCCGUGUGGCCGUCUCGUCAAUCGCCACUGGAAGCAAUGGGCGACGCAGGCCACCACACACCUUGAACUUGCAACAAGGCAACAUUUGUGCAAGGAGAGACUUGAAUGCCUAGUCAAUGUCUUCACCAGACUAGAGCAUGUCACCAUGAUGAGAGCCAAGGAUGUUAAUGGAUCACCACUGAAGCAUUUGCCACUGCUGAGGCAUCUCUGGAUACCUGGUGGCCUCAGUGAUGUGACGCACUUGGGGCACUUCACAGCGCUCAUCGACCUCGACUUGGCUCACCUUCCCUUGACAUACCAGGAUGUGAAAGUGGUGACUGUUUUAACGCGCCUUGCAAGGCUUGUUGUGUUGUUUGAAAGCGGAAACGGUGAUGAGGGUGUGGCCAGCCUUGCACUCCUGCCUGCUCUGACUGACCUCAAGCUCACUGAUGCCCAACUGUCAGAUGUGGGAAUGAGGCACUUGGCAAGACUGCCAGUCUUGGUAAACUGUACAUUGUCUAUGCAUGCAACUUUGUCGACAGUUAAGGCUGAGAUCCUGGGGACGAUAACAGAUCUGGUGGCAUUGGAUCUUUCAAGGUGUGCUGUUUCUGCAAAUGGCGAUGCGGCAAUCCAUCUCCAGACUCUGACAAAUCUCACCGAAUUGCACCUCCCGGCAGGCACCCCUGAUGCUGGGCUCCAGGCCUUGACCUGCCUCACUGCCAUCUCUCACAUCCACAUAAGUGCUGAGUGUUCAAACGAAGGCUUGCGUUCGCUUGAACUGUUUCCCUCGUUGUCUUCUCUCAACAUGGUUGUGGGCCAGGAUGUUUCCAAUGUUGGGGCCCAGCGGAUAGCAUCGCUCACUGGCCUGGUCGAUCUGGAUCUCACAGUGACCAAUGUGCGGUUCACUGGUGAUGGGGUCAUUCUCCUGACUGCUCUGACAGCCCUGACGGCGCUGCGUCUGACUGCAGUAAGGGAAAUGACUGAUAGGCACGUGGGGCACUUGGGCAGUCUGGUGGCGCUGAAGACGCUACACCUGACGGUGUGCCAAGGUAUUACAAGUUUGGGUGUUGGAUUCAUAUCGGGGUUGACACGUCUGACAGAUCUUAGUCUAAGCCAUGGCGCAGCCAUAACAGAUGCAGCUGUGGAGAAGCUGGCCAAUCUACGGUCCCUGACGGAGCUGGAUCUGGAAGGCUGCAGUGGAAUCACGGACGCAGGCAUGGAUGGGUUGACCAAGCUCACAGCCCUUGCUGAUUUGGAUUUGAGCACAUGUCACUUGAUCACAAAUGCUGGGGUGAUGAAGCUGGCGCCGCUGCGGUUUCUCAGACGUCUCCACUUGACUAAUUGCUACAAGGUGACGAUGAACAUUCAAGAGUUUUUACGGAAAUGGUAG